UUUUGACAAUUUAAAUUAAUUUACAUGAUACAGUAGUUUUAAUUUUUAUUAACUUCAAGGACAAAAGAGUCCGAUCUCAAAAUUCCUGUCUUACAGAAAAUACCACAUACCGGUAUAGCUGAGAGUCAAGUGAUAUUGUAGUGCAUACACUUACAGCAGUGUGGGUCAUAUAUUUACCUGUUAUGGCAUCAGUGACAUUUAUAGAGAAACAUUACUUGCGUUUCAGACUACUUCAGCUGAUUGAAGCAUAAUGGCGAAAAGAGUAGCUGUGAUUGGAGCAGGUGCCAGCGGUUUGACUGCCAUAAAAUGCUGCCUGGACGAAAAGUUGGAAGUCGUGUGUUUCGAAAGAACUGAUGAUAUUGGCGGACUGUGGAAUUACACGGAGGAGGCGCGAGAAGGGCAGGCAUGCGUGAUGAAGUCCACAGUCAUUAACUCCAGCAAGGAAAUGAUGGCCUACAGCGACUUUCCUAUUCCCAAAAGGUACUCUGUUUUCAUGCACAACACCUAUGUCAAAAAAUACUUCCAGCUGUAUGCUGAAAACUUUGAUCUUUUGAAACACAUCCGUUUCAAUAGCGAGGUCUUGUGUGUGAAACAGGCAUCUGAUUUCGCAGACACCGGGAGAUGGCAGAUUGAAGUUCAGGAUUUGGUAAACAAAAUGAAAACGACAGAGUAUUUUGACGGGUUGCUGAUUUGCACAGGUCAUCAUGCCGAAAUGCAAAUACCAACAUUCCAGGGUCAGGAAAAGUUCAAAGGUCAAAUCCUGCAUUCUCACGACUACAAGGACAUGAAAGGUUACGAGAACAAACGUAUUGUCAUCAUCGGCAUCGGGAACUCCGGAGGAGAUAUGGCCGUGGAACUUAGUCGAGUGUCAAAGGUUUUCCUGAGCACUCGAAGAGGGGCCUGGGUUUUGAACCGUGUCGCUAACAAGGGAAUUCCCCUGGACAUGCAUUUAGCUUUCUCUCGAUUUGGUUCUGCCAUCGCAGACGUGAUACCCAUAUCUUUGAAAGAGAUGCUGGUGGAAAAUGCCCUUAACAAUCGCUUCGAUCAUGAAAGAUUUGCUCUGAAGCCACAGCAUUCCUUCUUUGGCCAGCAUCCCACCUUGAAUGACGACUUGCCGAAUCGCAUUGUUUGCGGUGCUGUUACCAUUAAGCCCAACGUAAGGUGCAUCACAGAGACUGGCAUCGAGUUUGACGACGGAACGUUUGAGGAAAACAUUGAGGUCAUUGUUUUGGCGACCGGAUACAUUUUCGGCUUCCCGUUCAUGGACAAAUCUGUGAUCGAUGUAAAGAACAACAGAGUCGAGCUGUUCAAGUACAUGUUCCCACCUGAACUGGAGAAGCCUACCUGCGCUGUGAUUGGCUGUAUUCAGCCACUGGGGUCCAUCAUGCCCAUUUCAGAAAUGCAGUGUCGAUUGGCCACUCAAGUCUUUAAGGGCAUUACCAAACUGCCAACGCGCGGAGAGAUGUGGUUUGACAUCAAAAAGAAGGAGGUGGCCAUGGCGAAGCGAUAUGUGGCUUCUCAACGCCACACCAUACAGGUGGACUUUGUACCAAUCAUGGAUGAACUGGCAGAGCUUGUGGGGUGUAAACCUGACUUCAAAGAACUAUUUAAAACAGACCCCAAGCUGGCGUGGAAGUGUCUAACAGGGCCCUGUACCCCGUACCAGUUCCGUCUGAUGGGCCGUCACAAAUGGCCUGGAGCACGAGAUGCGAUCUUCACGCAGUGGGACCGAACGUUCUACCCACUGAAAACACGUCCAGUCAUGGUUACCACAAAACAGAAGUCUUUGUUUCGUUACUUCUUCAUCCUGUUGUUUGUUGUGAUCAUUUGGUCGUUGUUGUUUUAAAAGCCGAUCAUAGACUUAGCUUUUUCUUUACUCCACUGACAUGCUUAAUCAGUUUUUACAGGUUUUCCUGAAGUUUUUCUAUUUCUGGUACCUGCCCUAAAUGACCAUAAAUUUUGUCCAUGGCUUAAGAGCUGAUUUUUCCUGAUUCUGAGAGUUCUAUUGAUAUCGGAUGAUAUCCUACUGGAAAAGUAGUUUCAGGAGCAAAAAUAAUAUUUAAUAACAUUUAUUUGCCUAUGAAAUGUUCUUUUGAGGGCGAAAUUUGAGGCCCAUAAGGGUAAUUAUUUUCACUGCUUAGGAUAGAUAUUAGUAGUGCUGAAAGCCAAAUGUUAUAUUUCUCUCCCAGUUAAUGUGGAAAAGUAAAGAUUCUUAAGUUGUUCAUGAGAUAGACUAACUGUGUGAUGAAAGAGAAAGGUGCAAAGCAGGUGUCACACUAAGCUAGGAGACCUGGGAUUAAAUUCAGGUCGGGUCAGGUCCUGUUGGGUCACACCAAAGAAUUUAAAAAAACGGUACUUAUUGCCACACGGCUUAGCGCUUAGUUAAUGAUUGGCCUCAUGCUGUGCAUGGAUGCAUUGAGUCACAUAUGUUGUACAUGUAGUUAAGGGCAUUUACACGUGGCAUUGUAAACUGCUGGUUUUCUUAUAUGUGCACAGGUUUACUUGUUCGACACUGUAUUUUGUUAUAUGUAUAUACGCGUUUUUGUUUUGCUAUGGGCGACAACAUACAAGGAGUCCUCGGCCGGAAAUCUACCCAUCGCCCAGCAUCCUCUUUUAUGGUCCUUUGUCUAGUAGCUAUCCCAGCAUCCUCUUUUAUGGUCCUUGGUCCAGUAGCUAUCCCAGCAUCCUCUUUUAUGGUCCUUUGUCCAGUACCUAUCCCAGCAUCCUCUUUUAUGGUCCGUUGUCCAGUAGCUAUCCCAGCAUCCUCUUUUAUGGUCCUUUGUCCAGUAGCUAUCCCAACAUCCUCUUUUAUGGUCCUUUGUCCAGUGCUAUCCCUUUCCCGCGGGUUAUGAACCGAGAUCUUAACGGUCAUUUCCCUAAAGUUGUGUCCACGAUAGCAUGCGCGUUUGAAGUCUUAAAGGUUUUGCUUGAUUUGUUUGCCGACUCACCCACCUUGUCUUUCUUGCAUUUAGUUUUCUUUUCUUGUUUAACUGGACCUUGUCCGCUUUGCUCUGUGAAGUAUAUAUAUAUUUAAUAUCACGGUAAAUUUCGGGCUGAGCCCGCAUAGUAGCUAUAUGUGUUUUUCAUAUUUCGGAUUACUUGUUAUAUAUACCAUUGCAUGCGAUAUACAUAUACUAGCCAGGCACCUUGGCCUACUGUCAUAUUUUACACAUUUCCUGCAGGAUUUUAUAUCUCAUUAGGUUAGCUUAAUGUAGUUGUAUACAACAUCUUGUAUCUUGUACGGGCUCAGUCCGGGUUCUCUAUACAUUUAC